CUUGUCCGUGCAGCCAUGCCUGCUGGUGCUAGUUGUCCGGCGCAGGGUCAGAAACUUCUAAGGGAGGUAAUGAGAGCAGAGACGAAAGCCCGCCAUCGCCAAGAAAGAAUGAGUUAAAAUGUCGAGGGAAUACGGAGGAUUGACAGGCAGUAAGAGGCGCAGACGGAAGGGUUGUGAGGCGAGGGGAGCAGUCGAGGGUUGACAUCUGAUGGAGGAACUUGCAGGUGGUCGUAACUGAGUGGGGGAAAUUUCGGACGAGGAGUGGAGUCCUCGAUCGGGGGAAUCUUUUCCGAAGAAGCUCCACGAGCUCGAGUUUCGUGCAGCACAGGUGUUCGAGGUCGCGGUGUAUCGGGAUUAAUGUGGGGGAAAUUCCAUGUCGGGAACAUGAACAUCCUUGGAGCUGAAAGAGGAGGCGGAAGACUUGUCAGGGUAUUUCAGAGUGAGAUUUGGGGAGAGGCAGGAGCGUGCGAGAGAGCUGGCCUAAGGAAGUGAGCGAGGGUUUAGGUACUUCCCGCAAUAAAUUAUGAGUCUUUAUGUAGGUUUCGCCUUUAGAACAAAGAACAGCUGCGUCGUUGGGCGGCAGAGUAGAUGUGCACAGCUCAGUAGCGAAGCUGGAGUUGAUUUCAAAAGUCGUGACUCGAAGGCGUAGUAUCACCUGGAGCCGCGAGGACCGGCGACUGAGCUAGCAGAUUAUAAGUUCUUUAAAAUUAUUACGGCGUGGAAAUGGCGAAAUCGAAGAACGCAAAGAAAGUUCUGGAUUCGUAUACUGUGAAGGGUACCCACAAGAUUGUAAAAGCGGGUGAUUGUGUAUUGAUGCGUGCGCAAGAUUCAGAUAAACCCCCUUAUGUCGCAAAGAUUGAGAAAAUUGAAUCCGAUAGUCGGAGUAAUGUGAAAGUGAGGGUUCGUUGGUAUUAUCGUCCCGAAGAGUCAAUGGGCGGUCGUCGUCAAUUUCAUGGUGCAAAGGAGUUGUUUCUCUCGGAUCAUUAUGAUAUCCAGAGUGCCGAUACUAUCGAAGGGAAGUGUAUAGUGCACACUUUUAAGAAUUACACCAAGUUGGAAAGCGUGGGUACUGACGAUUACUUCUGCCGGUUUGAAUAUAAGGCUUCCACGGGAGGUUUUACACCUGACAGGGUGGCUGUAUAUUGCAAGUGUGAGAUGCCAUACAAUCCGGACGAUUUGAUGGUUCAGUGCGAGGCGUGUAAGGACUGGUUUCACUCCUACUGUGUGGAACUGAGCACAGAGCAGGUAACCAACCUGGACAAAUACUUCUGUGCAGGCUGUUCUCCUGACAACCACAAAAGGGGGAAUGCAUCAUUUAAGUCAACCCACCCUGAAGCUAAGGUUCCACCCCACAUGUAUGAAUUUUACUGCAGAGCAGGUAAAAAAGAUGGAACAGUUUUAUUGUCCUGAUUGCUCCUCCCAACUUGGUCAAGGUGACAAGAAAUCGCGCAACACGCAUAAAUCGUCCCCACAGCAUGAACUAAAGCCUGAAUCUAAACGGCGGAAGAGGUGAGCAAGGUGGAGCCGUUCUUGGACCAAGCACUUCCAGUCUUUUGAUAUCCCAUCUGACAACAUCGGAGUUCAUAUUCUAUCUAAAUGGAUUGAUGAGACGACAACGUAAGGAGAAUUCAUCUCCUGCAUGAUCCUAAGCGAGGGUGGUAUAUCUACCCUUAUGGUAGAUAUACCCGCAGUCUUAGUCUUUUGUACCUUUGGGUCCAAAGAUAGUGAAUCGGAAGACACUAGCUUAUAAUGAUGGGGCUGAUCAAACCUGUGUUGGUGUUUCUGAAAUACAUUGGCAACUACUGCCAAGGACUGCACAAACUCUUGCCACAUUGAUGCAGAGUUUGUAUUAGGAGGUGGAGUUAAUCCUGUAGAACUCUGCAAAAUGGCUGUUUUGUAUGAGAUCAAGAGAUUGAUUACUUAUUUCCAAGUGUACAACAAUCCUCAAGGUUCAUAGCUCCUCCGAGCCUUGCAUGCAAGCCUGUUCGGACCUUGCCUGUGAGGAAUAUGCCUGCUAACUGGAACUUCACCGGGUCGACAUGGACAUGUUGCAAAUCUUGUUGUCAAUAGUUUGUACCCAGGGGUUGAUCUGAUGUGUUUUGACAUUUUGUAAGAAACCAAGUCAAGGACAUCUAGAAGCAAUCUAGUUCUAAAGGGGCAAUCCAAUUUUGCCAAUAUUGUGCAUAAUUGUAGAGCUCUGAUACAGAGGACUGCUCUAUGGCGAGCAGACAUAGUUGAUGGGUGUAUGAGAUGCGCAGUGUAGUUGACUGGAUGGUUGGGUAAAUUUCCCGUCAUCCAAAGAUAAGUGAUGUGGAAUGGACAAAGUUUUAGCUGUGUAUAAGUUGAUUCUCGGAAUAAUUUGCACUGUGGAUGGUUUCUUUCGC